CUUUAUCAUAACCAAAGUCUCGUCAAGAUUUACUGCAUUAGUUCUAUGUCAUGGAAUAACUCAAGGUGAUACGUUGUAAUUCUUUUUUUUUCGUGCAUGAACGUGACCUGUUUUCGCCACACAUCGACACACAUCUCCGUAUAUUGACGACACAGCUAUCGUGUUCCCAGAUCCAGAUAAAUUUGUAUUUGCAUUGAAGUAUCUCUGCCACAAGACUUAUUGUAAGUUGACUCACAUUGAUUCCAUUUCGGAUUCUCCGGUAGCUGAUAACUAUAUAAUGUCCAUGUUCACUCGCCUACAGACAGUAGGCCUAACUACACACUCAAGACUUUAGACUUUGGCUGUUUUGUUCUUUUCAUCUGUAAUCAUGAAGUUUCUGCUGCUGUUGCUGAGCGUGGUCGUGGUCCAUGCUAAACUGGCUCCACUGCAUAGAUCUAAUCACCGUUCCGUUCCAGACAGCUGGAUCAUUAAAAUCGAGGAUUUCGACCAAGUGGACCAAGUUGCUGAUGACAUUGUCAGCCAGUUCGCUAGAAUGCGUAGCCCAAUCCCUCCAAUGACCAAGCUCCGUCAUGUUUUGCCUCUCAUUGGAAUGAAAAUCCCAUCAUUCCUUCUCGACAAGAUCCGCGCUAUUGACGGCAUCGAGUACAUUGAAAUGGAUUAUAUCGUUCCGCUUGCUGCCUCCCAAUACAACCCACCAUGGAAUCUCGACCGUACUGAUAGUCGCCUGGGAAUGGAUGGAUUUUAUAACUACAAUGCUAGUGUGCAAGGAAAGGGGGUGGACAUUUAUCUUAUUGAUACCGGGGUCCAACCCAACCACGUAGCCUUUGGCGGGAGAGUUUCUCUGUUAUACGGAGCGAAAGACAACGACGGUCACGGAACCCACUGCGCCGGCAUAGCAGCCGGUGACGUCUACGGGCUGGCUCGUGAGGCUAACAUCCUCAGUAUGAAAGUGUGCAAUCCCAUGUGCGUGACGUGGAAAAUGCUUGAAUGUUUCGACUUAGUGCUUACACACGGUGGCAGUAAAGGCGGAGUUGUGUCUGUGUCUAUUGGUGGAGACCCAAACUACCAAGUUGUCACCAAUGCUGUCAAUAGACUGUGGCAUGGCGGUUACCUCGUGUCUUGGGCUGCGGGCAAUGAAAAUAUGGACGCGUGCAGAUUGCACCCACAGCGCGGCAACAACCUUAUUGUAGCAGGGGCUUCAAACAAAUACGACGGGCUACCAGGCUUCACGAACUGGGGCCCCUGUGUCGAUAUCUUCGCGCCCGGUGGGGACAUCCGAAGCGCUCGCUACAGCGAACAUAGCAAUACCGAUUCAAUAGUAUAUUCUGGCACCUCAAUGUCCGCCCCUCAUGUGGCAGGUUCGGCAGCCCUGUACUACGGUCUUCAGGGUAGCAGUGCCACGCCUGCAUCAGUGAAGAAGGCCAUUCUGGACAGUUCUACCAAAGACGCCCUCUCUAAUACCAAAGGCUCCCCUAACCGACUUCUUUAUGUCAAUUUCCUAACUAAUCCAGCCACUCACCAGAAGAUAGACAAAGACGAACCUGCCAAGUAAAGUAAUUCCAACACAGGUAGACUCUUUUACUUGUCUACCCGUAUACCAAACGUUAUUUUUCUUUUAAAAUUCCAAUUUAAAAAUUGUUUUAAAGCUCUCGAUUGUUUGGGUUUUUUGAGUUUUUUGCUUUUGCUUGCGUGCUUCCUGUUCAAUACAUUCAAAACUUUUUGAAUUCAGCUUUACUGAUAAAAUUAUUUUUCACCUAUUUAUCUUCAGCUCAUGAGGAGAAAUUUUCUGGCGCAAUAAAUUGCAACGCCAAAAAUUUUCAUCAGUGUUAACAGAAGCAUCUUUGUCCUGUUUAGUUUUUUCUCUUAAAUCUUCCCUCUUUCAGCAAGUUUUCUCUCAACCCUAAAUCCCUAGGGUGUGUGCAAAAUCAUAUUAAAAUUGGAGGAUUCAGGACUGUUAGGGUUAAGUAUUUAAAUCCUGAGGAAAUGUCAGCUCUCAGUUUUAAAGUUUUAAGAAACUUACUGACUGAGGGUGACGAUGAUUUAUAAUUGUAUUAAUGCCUAUAAUUAACAAAUGAAACAUUUGCAUGUUACUGUUAAGUUUUGGAUUUGAAUAAAUAAAUGAAUUUUCUUUCUCUUGCAAAAGAUUAAGU